AUGAAUCACAACGAUCUUCAACCUCUCCCACUGCUAAGUAGCUUCUUAGAUUCCACUCCUCAACAAUCUUUUCAACAAAAUGGGACUCUUAAAUCUUGUUUGAAUCAAGCUGAAGAUGUCACAGUGGCCUUACAUAUUGGUCUCCCCCACAGUUCAACCGAAACACCAACUGAGAAUGUUCCAAAUUCUGCUCCAAGCAAUUACUGGAUACCAACUGAAGAGCAGAUUCACAUUGGUUUCAGCCAGUUCUCUUGUUCCGUUUGUCACAAAACAUUCAACCGCUACAACAACCUUCAGAUGCAUAUGUGGGGACACGGUUCACAGUAUCAAAGAGGACCAGACUCGUUGAAAAGAAAGCAUCCACGACUGUUGUUGGACAUUCCAUGCUACUGCUGUUCAGAAGGAUGUAAGAAUAACAUUGAGAAUCCAAGAGCGAAGCCGUUGAAAGAUUUCAGAACAUUGCAGACACACUACAAGAGGAAGCACGGUUCGAAAAGCUUUACUUGUAGAAAAUGUGGAAAGUGUUUGGCUGUGAAGGGUGAUUGGAGAACUCAUGAGAAAAAUUGUGGUAAGCGUUGGCUUUGUAUCUGUGGUUCAGAUUUCAAACACAAGAGGUCGCUGAAAGAUCAUGCCAAAACUUUUGGAUUUGGUCAUGGCCCUUCUUCUUCCUCUGAUGGCAUUUGA